AUGGAUAUUAAUCCAUAUAAGUUCGAGGCCCCCUUCCACGCUUUCGAAUUCGCAUUUCAUGUCCUAGAAAUGGGAUCAAAUCUCGUCAUCCUUACGAUGGCCUGGCUCACAAGGGAGGAUGGUCGAAUGUUCUCGCGCAUGCCAAAUGAUCCGGAUUUGGACACAUUAACUUACUGGGUAACCAGAUUAGAGCCGCUCAUUAGAGCAGAAAGCGAAGAGGAAAUCAUCGUAGUUUUUGCAAAUCGCUGUGGUAUCGAGGAUGACGCAGUUUACGCUGGAACCAGCGCUGUGAUUGGGAUAAAAGAUGGCGAAGUCAGUGUUUAUGGGAUCCUUGGCAGGGGAGAGAAGGAGCUUCUGGUUGUUGAUACAGAUGCUGCCCCAUAUGCUAAAUUGGUGUAUCGGCCUGACGACAAUGCAUCAACUGUUACUUCGACCGACGAUGAGUCAAGAGGCGGUUCGUCCAAUAGAUCGACUAGACCUGACAAGGAGGACCCUUCGAAGAGGUCGGAACAGCCUAGAUCAACGAGAGGAAAUGAUUCUACUAAUAUUCCAACAACCCAGACACCGAAAAGCACCGAUUCAGCCAGGAUGUCUAAGACUCCAGCUCAGCCUAUUUCACCAUUGAGUGAGUCUACACUCGCUAACUAUGAAUCGAUGUCACCUAGUGGAGCUACCAAAGACUACGACUACGUACCCUUGGGCCAUGGUCCCAGAGCUGGAAGUGAUAGAAGAAGUCGAAAGUUUCAAGUCGCACUCGAGCUUCUAAGGGAGACCCUUGAUUCUAAGGGCUUGGCAUCCCAUCGAUUAUCAUCUAAGAAAGUUAAGACAGCAUCCCCCCGGAUACAGAUCCCACCUCCUAAGUUAGCAAAUGAUUCGAUUCCGACUCCAACAGCACCAAGUCCGACACCCUUAGCCGUCCGGCCUAAGCUUUCUAUCCCGAAGGAUGCUCAUAGGCGCCCGCAUAUUCCCACACCCCAUCCAGAUUCGGGACAAAGUCAUAUCCCAAUGGAACAGCAGAAUACAAUCUUAACUCCGACCACAGCUUUUGACGAUUUGAGUCCGCAAUUUCCAGCCAGGUCCUUUUGGACUCCUUCGGACUCGCGCCUGUGGACUUCUAUGGAACUACAAGACGAGCCACCCGUGUUAGAAUACCCAACAAGGUCCUCAAAGCCAAUUAUUGAAAAUAAGUCCAGAGUCGCAGAAGUAGACAUACAGAGCAGAAAGCCCUCACCACCUAAGUCGCGUAUCACCAGCAGAUCGAGAAAACAUGAACGCUCGAACUCAACGUUUGGCCAGGGGCCCGAUUCUAGUGCGCUUGCUCAACGUCCUGAAACCAUAAGUCCACGCCCGGAGUCUUCCAUUGGGCAGAGAGUUGAUACAUCUUCGCCUUAUCAGAUCGUCCCUCUUCCCUCUUCGCCGAAAUCGCCGAAAUGCAAGCCGAAGUCGGCCUACUAA